ACAUGCCGAUCUGAUCCAUCUGACGCUUGACAGACAUUCUCCGCAUGUUUAGAGGAGGAGUUUCUCCAUGAUUCUCGCCUGAAGAAUGACAAGAACCGAGACCAGAGAAACACCAACAACAAGAUGUCCAGUAGAGUGGAGGUGAUCAUAAACUCCUCGGCGCCGCAGGAUCAGGACGAGCCUCCUCUUCAGAUCACAGAGUCCGAGCCCGGAGAGCAUCCAGGAGUCACGGGCUUUCUGAUGAUGAGUCCGGCCAUUCUGGGGUGGCUGGAGAUCCUGGCCGGUUGUGUGGUGUUUGGACUCGUCUAUUGGAAUUACACUCUCUGGUUGUUAAUACCGGCUUGCUUUGUGAUUUUAAUAGGAGUUAUAACAGCUACAGCUGCAUGUACCCACAACCCGUGUCUGGUGAUCACUUCUCAAGUGCUGAAUCUGCUCAAUAUCUGCAACGUGGUGACGGCCGUCCUCGUGUUUUUUGUCGGAGUCUUAUUUGUAUUUCUUGGAGAUAUGGUUGGAGCUGUUCUGCGCACACAUUUUGUGAGCGGCCGCUCUGAGAGCUCCUAUUCUCAGACCGCAAACAUCGCCUUCAUCGCCUGUAAUGUUCUGGCGCUCAUCUUCUCUCUGAUCAUCAUCAUGACGUCGUGCUGCUGGUGUAGAUCGAGAAAGCGUCUGAUGGUGAUCCACAUGAACGCAGCUGCAGCUGCAGCACUCAGUGACGAUGUGGAUUAUCCGUGUCCAGAACUUUCACCGCCAGCCUAUAGUCCGGUUCCAUCCUCAGAACCGCCGGCCUAUGAGGAGGAGCGACGCUCGACUCUUUCUGGAGUUUCUACUCAGAAGUGGGCAAUGAGAAAAUGGAAAGAAGAAAUACAGCGCAGCAGAAAACCCAUCCAAGUCUGACCUAUUUACAACAUUCACUGGUGGAUGUCACAGAACUCUGGAAGACGUGAACUUUUUAUCCGAAAUGAUGCAUUUUUAUAAUUUUGUCCUUGUUUUUAAAAACAACCACUUUAAAAGGUUUUAAGAAGGUUUUAAAAGAGCAAAAAAGUCACACAUUCUUAAAGUCGUGGCAUUACAUGUUGCAUGAACUGCAAAAAUGAAUAUCUUCCUCAGUAUUUUUGUCUUGUUUUCAAGUACUAAUGUCUAAACAUCCUGAAAUCAAGAGAUGAAGUCUUGCUUUUCUAAGGAAAUUUAUCAAUAUGAAGGGCGUUUAUGGGGAAUGAAAACUUGUUUUCCCUUUGAAUGAAGUUGAUUUUUAUGUGUUGGAAUUGUAUUUUCAUGCUUUGAAUUAUAGAACUCAUUGUGUUCUCCUUAUAGACAUUUACCUGAGAACAUAUUGAAGUAUUGAGUUCCCUUUUAUUUAUUCCUUCAGUUUUCUUUAACUCGUCUCAGAAUAGUCUUACAUUUGCGUUCAUAAAACGCAGAAACCCUGAUAUACAAGAUUUACCAUUAUUUAUAAUAUAAGGGAAAGAAAUAAGAUUGUCAGUGUCAGAUUUUGAAAAAUGCUAUUGAAAUGUGAGUUUAGUGAGUAGUUUUAGGAGUAUUUCAGUAUUUGGGUCAGGAGCUGUGACUGAAAACAACCAUCCUAAGCUGAUCGCUGAGAUAUUAUUUAUGAUAUUUGUUCAUAUAUGAAGUGUCUUACCUCAAACUCAGACAUGUUACUCUUGUGCAAUGUUAACUAUUGAAUGUUAGUUUUUUUAGUUUCUUUUGAAUGCUUAUGCACAUGCUUGUAUUGCACUGUUUUGCAUCUGAUUCAUUUAUGAUCUGUUGGAGAAACUGCAUGAUUGUAUUGAAAUAAUGUUGAUGUUAUAUAAAGAUGUUAA